AUGGUACCUUUUUUGCCCACCACUACUCAUGAGUCUCCAUUUCAGGUCACAGGCAGUUAGCGCCCUAUCCUAGCAGUGGCGGAGUCGCCGCCGUUAUUUCAGUUCACACUUCACAGGAUUCAGAGCCAGCCAACGACUCUAAUUUCACGCCGCCGUCUGCUGCCGCCGAUCUUCCGCCACAGCAUCUGCCAACCAGCCACUACAAGACUCUUUGGGGGACGGAGGGAGUAAUUUCUUGCUUAUUAUGGAACCGAGGAUUUGAUGACGACCGGUGCCUCCUCCAGUUCGGGCAGCCUACGGGCUGCUCUCUCCUAUUGUGUGCAGCAAGUCCGGAACUAUGACUAUCACCACUACCUCUGCCUUCUUGAACUCCCUCCAACCAUGAGAAAAGCUGCAUUUGCACUCCGUGCAUUUAACGUAGAGACAUCCCGAGCCAUGGAUGUCUCUUCUGACCCUAACAUUGGUCUCAUGCGCCUCUUGUGGUGGCAAGAAGCUCUGGAAAAGCUCUACGCCAACAAGCAAGUCAAACAUCCAGUAGCUCAGGCACUUGCAUCUGUUGUCUUGUCGUCUGAAACCAAAAUCAGUAAGAGCUGGCUGAAGCGAUCUGUUGAAGCUCGCAUUAAAGAAGCUAGAAGAGAGCAGUCUGAUGACUCCUCUCCACCACCUCCCACAACCUUGGAAGAGCUGGAGAGAUAUGCAGAGGACACUGCUUCAACCAUUCUCUACUCCACUCUUCAAACAGGUGGCAUUAGGUCAACAGCAGCAGACCACGCAGCGUCACAUAUUGGGAAGGCAAACGGCCUUUUGUUGCUCCUAAGGUCUUUACCUUACCAUGCAAGGAGAAACCGGCUUUCUCUAUACAUACCUGCUGACAUGGCAGAGAAACACGGUGGGCAAGAGGGAAUUAUUCCUGAGGUUGUCUUUGACAUGGCUUCUGUUGCCAACAGACAUCUGCAGAAAGCGCGUGAAUUGAGAGACACUGUGCCCGCCGAAGCUCGUCCCGUGCUUCUUCCAGCUGUGCCUGCCCAGUUUAUGCUGGAUUCUUUAAGACGUGUGGGGUUUGAUGUGUUUGAUCCGAGGCUGACACGAGGGCUUUUAGGAGCCCCUCCCCUCCUAUUCCAAUUGCAACUCAAAUGGCAUUCGUGGAGGGGAAAAUACUGAGAUAGUAUAAAUCGCGGAUGAUGAGAAUUGAUUCUCUCCCUCUUGUAUCUUGAAGGUCCAUAGCUUGAACCCACUUCUUAUGUUUACCGUUACAAAAAUGCUAGGAACCCACCACGAGUGCCCUGCGAAUGACAAUCACAUAUGCUUUAUUCAUACAUAGACGAUAAUCGUCUCUAAACACACUGUGUAUGUAUAAAUCAUCUGUAAUUGU